GGUGUUGUGGUUUGUUCACAGCAAUGCAACUCCUUCAAACCUCUUAUCUCUUCACUUUCCCUAAAACCCUAAACCCUCACUCUCCGCAUUUCGACGUUCGCCGUCGUCCUCCUCCGCCUCUUCUCCUCCGCAACCAACCAUCCUUCGGUAACCUCCUCGUCGCCAAAUCCUUCACCUCAGAUGAAUUCCCCGUCGACGAGACCUUCCUCGAGAAAUUCGGUCCCAAAAACAAAGAGACCGAAGACGAAGCCCGAAGGCGCAACUGGAUUGAACGUGGCUGGGCUCCAUGGGAAGAAAUCCUCACCCCGGAGGCCGAUUUUGCGCGGAAGAGUCUCGACGAAGGUGAAGAGGUUCCUCUGCGUACUCCGGAAGCCAUCGAAGCGUUCAAGAUGCUGAGCCCUAAGUACCGGAAGAAGAAAAUGGAGGAGAUGGGAUUGACCGAGGACGAUUACUUCCGCAAGCAGUUCGAGAUCAAGGGAGAGAUUCCGGAGCCGCUGGUGACGCAUUGGCGCGCGCCGCUGGUGGUGCAGUUGAUUCCGCCGCGGGAUUGGCCGCCGCGAGGGUGGGAGGUGGAUCGGAAGGAGCUGGCAUUCAUUCGUGAGGCGCAUAAAUUUCUGGCUAGAAGGGUGAGCUUGGAGGAGAUGGAAACAGAUGACGUGAGCACGGAAACAGAUGAUAUGAGCACGGAAACAGAUGAUAUGAGCUUGGAUACAGAUGAUACGUGGUUGGAUACAGAUAAUAUGUGCUUGGAUAGGUACAAGAUGUUUCUGAAGCAAUAUAAAGAGUGGGUGAAUGCAAAUAAGGAUAGAUUGGAGGAGGAGUCUUAUAAGCAAGACCAAGAUUAUCACCCAGGUAGAAGGAAAAGAGGCAAGGACUACAAGGAGGACAUGUACGAGCUUCCGUUCUAUUAUCCUGGCCAAAUUUGUGUAGGGAAGGUUGUCACUUUGCAUCUCUAUCAAGGGGCAUUUGUUGACAUUGGCGGGGUAUAUGAUGGGUGGGUUCCUAUAAAGAACAAUGAUUGGUAUUGGAUUCGCCAUCACAUAAAAGUGGGUAUGGAUGUCUUUGUUGAAAUUACGGCAAAGCGAGAUCCUUAUCGCUUCCGGUUUCCUAUCGAACUUCGUUUUGUUGAUCCAAAUAUAGAUCAUCUGAUCUUUAACAGAUUUGACUUCCCACCAAUAUUUCACCGUGAUGAAGAUACUAAUGAAGAUGAAUUACGGCGUGACAGUGGAAGACCUCCUGUUCCUAGAAAAGAUCCAGGAGACAAGCCAGAGGAAGAAUCUCUAUUGUCUAAUCACCCAUAUGUUGAUAAGUUGUGGCAGAUUAAUGUAGCUGAGCAAAUGAUUUUGAAUGAUAUGGAGAUGAAUCCUGAUAAAUAUAGAGGUAAAAAGCUGUCAGACUUGACUGAUGAAGAAGAUUUUGAUGAAGAAAAUGCUGUUCAGCAUACGAAAGUUUAUUAUGAGGAUAAGUUACUACCGAGAACUAUUUUGAAAACAAGUGUCAAAGAGCUUGAUUUAGAGGCUGCACUUGCUGAGCGUGAGUUCCAUAAGAAACUAUGGGAGGAAGCAAAGGACAGAGGUGAGGAAUACAAAGUUACCAAAUUGAGGCGCAAUAUCGAGAUGGAUGAGUAUGACUUCAUGCAUUGGCGUAGAUCAUUUGAGGAAAGAGAAGCAUUGAUUAGAGACAUCAGCUGUCGCAAAGCUCUUGGUAUUCCAUUGGAAGAGCCAGGAAGGUAUGUGGAUGCUAAUAUUAUUGGUAAAGGCCAAUACGAUCCUACGAGUCCUCUAUAUCGCUAUGACUAUUGGGGAGAACCCAAGAAUUCAGAAAAGAGCAAGCAAGAGCGGAUGACAGAUGCCCAUAACAAGUCAAUUGUGGGCAAGGGCACUGUUUGGUAUGAAAUGUCUUACGAAGAUUGCAUCAAGCAACAGAUGAAAAGAGAAGCCGAGUCCAAGGGACAACAUGGCAAACAAGUUAACGAUAAAGGUACAAAGGAAGGUCAAGGUGCUGAAGAAGAAGAGGAUGACGACGAUGACGACUAUGUCUUCAGCAUUCUGGAAAAUCUGGGUAAGAAUUUUUCAGAUGAGCUUCAUGUUAAUGGGACCGAGUCUUCAAGAAUGUCGGAUGAGGGCAUUUUUGAGGAUUGAUGCUAUAAUGCACUAUUUUGUGGCUGAAGUAAAAUGUGUACAGUUAGGCUAUAAAAUGUGCAUAAAUUUUGGCAGUGUAGAAUAAAUUCGCCAAGGCAAUCUAUUUUAUUUGUGAUGUU